AACCCUAAGACAAAUCUCCAUCCUGCAUUUCGAAAGAUGCCUAAACCUCGAUUUGCCCCGGAACCUGACCCUGAGAAUGGAAUCGCUGUCACUGAGAAUGGAAUUGCGUAUAAGAUCAAAGAUGCGCCGUUUGAGUUCCAGUAUAGUUACACUGAGACUCCAAAGGUGAAGCCUUUGGCGCUGAGGGAGCAGCCGUACUUGCCAUUUGGUCCUGGGACAAUGCCGAGGCCGUGGACGGGGAGGAAGCCGUUGCCGGAGAGCAAGAAGAAGCUUCCGGAGUUUGAUUCAUUUAAGCUGCCUCCGGCGGGGAAGAAGGGGGUGAAGCCGGUGCAGCAUCCAGGGCCGUUCUUGAUGGGGGCAGGGCCGAAGUAUACGGCGAUGACGAGGGAGGAGGUUUUAGGGGAGCCGUUGACGGCGGAGGAGGUGAAGGAGUUGGUUAAGGGGUGUUUGAAGACUAAGAGGCAGCUCAAUAUGGGUAGGGAUGGUUUAACACACAACAUGUUGGAUAAUAUACAUGCUCAUUGGAAACGCCGGAGAGUGUGUAAGAUAAAAUGUAAAGGUGUAUGCACUGUUGACAUGGAUAACGUCCGUCAACAAUUGGAGGAAAAAACUGGAGGAAAGAUUAUAUACGGCAGAGGAGGAGUUAUUUUCCUAUUCCGUGGCCGAAAUUACAACUACAGAACCCGACCCAGAUAUCCUCUAAUGCUCUGGAAACCUGUGACACCAGUAUAUCCAAGGUUGGUUCAGAAGGCUCCAGAGGGAUUAACAUUGGAAGAAGCAAGUGAGAUGCGAAAGAGAGGACGCCAACUGCCCCCAUUAUGCAAGCUUGGAAAAAAUGGUGUAUAUUCCAACCUUGUUAGAAACGUUAGAGAAGCCUUUGAAGCGUGUGAGCUGGUGCGGAUUGACUGCAAGGAUAUGAACAAGAGUGAUUGUAGAAAAAUAGGUGCCAAACUAAAGGAUCUAGUCCCGUGUGUCUUAAUUUCCUUUGAAUUCGAACAUAUACUUAUGUGGAGAGGAAAAGACUGGAAGUCAUCUCUUUCGCCCCCAGAAGACAAUUCACAUAAACUUGUAGAAACAAGAACUGACGAUUCCCCAACUACUUCACCCAGUAUCUCUGAUUUGAAAAUCGAAGAAUCACUUGAGUUGAAUCCUGAGAAGAGCUCAAACCGAGAGCUCACAUCUGUAAUAUCUCAGGAAAAAAUAACUCCUACUGAAGAAAAGUUGGAUCUUUCCAUUUCAGAACAUAUGGGAGAUUCUACAAUUGUAACUUCCAAGGAGCUAAAUCCUGAAAUUACAAGCCAAAGCAUUUCUUCGAAUGGAUUUUCAAGCUUGGAAGAUAUUAAGGAUCUUUCUCAGCCAUCCUCGGAGAAUCCCACAGAUACUGACAUGAUUGAGACUCAGAGCAACACUGAGCUAAAGAAGAAAUGCUUAGAUGGAGUCAUGCUUCUUUUAAAUCAAGCUGUUGAGAGCGGCAGUGCCAUGAUUUUGGAUAAUGAGGAAUUAGAUGCUAAUAAUGUUUAUGAAAGGUCUGUUGCUCUUGCCAAGUCAGCUCCAGCUGGGCCAGUGUUUCAGCAUAGAAUCAGGAAAGUUAGGGUUCAGAAGAUUGAGAAAGAGAAGACAGAGAACAGCGAGGAGCUAGAUUUGGAGGUUGAAGCUAUUAUCAUCCCUGAGGAAAAAAGCAAUAGAAAUAGUUUCAGGAGUAAAAAAAGGGAGGGAACCAAAGAAGUACCAGGAGAUGUUCCUCGUGGCAGCUUGAGAGUAGAUGAGCUUGCGAAGCUUCUUGCUUAGAGCUAUGAACUCACUUUUUGGGUUGGAUAAACACAGAAAUCAUGAGCAUGAGGAAGCAAGUGCAAGGGAUGACUGAGGAUUUGUUCAAGAAGACAUUUGUGAAUCCAUUAUUGCUCAGUAAACAAAGAUGAGAGGAGACAGUUGAAGUGCAGUGCAAGUAGAUCGAGCCACAAAAUUACAAGCAGAACGACCUUGAAGUGUAGAAUAUAUGACGAGGUAAUUGAACUACUUUUGACAUUGAUUUGUAUCUAAGUGUUCAUCUACAUAUGAAACAGAGAGAAUCAUUUGUGAAGUAUCUGCACAGUUUUGUUUCUAUCCUUAAUUACAUAUUUGAUAGACUGAAAGAACUCACAGAUGCUGCUUCUGAUUAGCACUCCAUGGCAUCAUCAGACAUGUGGUAGCUACUUGGAACCGAGAUAUGUAAUACGAACGAUUACUUUUUAAAAAAAGUCAUGUGCCUUGAGUAUUGAAGCUUCUUCUUGUUUUGAUUGUAUAUUUGAUAAUAAAUGAUGUCUCUCUUUGG